AUGUCGUCAGGAAACGACUCUAGUGGGUCUCAAGCAACCCGAAAGAGCGUGGCUGAGGAUAGUCGUCCGAGAUUUGCUUUUGUGACUGAAACCAGUCAAUCAAAUGCACGAAGCCAUGCGAUGCGCGAGCAUUGGAGACAGCGUCACAGCCGUAACAAUAGCACCAAGACCAGGCGUACGCAACCAAAGCUUCUUCCGAACAUUUUAUCAGCUGCAGACCGAGGUACAAGAUCCCAUGAAUCUCUCACUCGUCAGCAUUCGUCUCGAAGCCGGGGGAGCCAGAGCUCAGGUCGACAGUGCUCAGAAAGUUCCUCCAACGAGACGGAAACAGAUCGUGAGGAAAGGGUUGAGCUUGUAGGAGUGCCUUCGCAGCUAUUGAGCGGGCUGAGCCGUGCCUUAUCUAGCGCAAGACUUGACCCCUUCCAGACAUUUCCAGUACAGCUGACCAGCAAGCAUCAUAAGUUACUGCAUCAUUGGAUCGGCACCCAUGCAACCAUGAUGUUUGAGGAUCUGGAUAUCCCAAGUUUCAAUCCAAUGAAGGAUGUAUGGUUCCCUUUGGACCUAUCCAAUGCCUCAUCAUUCAAUGCAAUUAUGGCACAUGCCGCGGCGCAUCUAUCCCAUCUUUAUGCGGGAACCAGUCCACAAAUGGGAACCAAUUCAGCCGACGCCUUCAAAUUCAAAGCAGAGGCAGUGCGCAUUCUUCAUGAAUGGCUAUCAGACCCACAAAAAGCACUCAGCUAUGAUGCGUUCGCGGCUGUCAUUCGACUUCUGACGUUUGAGAGAUAUUGGGGCACAGCGGAGGAGUGGAACAUCCACCGCAUGGGCCUCCAAAGGAUGAUCGAAGCUAAAGGUGGGAUUGGAGAACUGCAUGAUAAUUGGCGUCUCGAGCUUGUUGUUUAUCUGUGGGUCUCAAGUAUCAUGAUUUUUAUGACCGGCCACUGA